AUGACGAUAUAUUCCUAUAUAAUAAGCAUAUUAGUGGCAUUUGUGUCCUAUAUAGUGUAUCAGAAAUACGCAAAUGUUAAUACGAGUUUUGUUACCAAGCCUGCGAAGAGAUAUGAUUACAUCAUCGUUGGAGCCGGAACAGCCGGUUGCGUGCUGGCUUCUCGCUUGUCUGAAGAUCCUAAUGUCAAAGUGUUACUGGUGGAGGCUGGCGACCAUAUGGGGUACUUCACCAAAAUACCAUUGACGGCCACUGCCGCACAACAUGGAGAUAACGAUUGGACGGUGCGAGCCACAGCACAAAAAUAUUCUUCUUUUGGACUUCUUAAUCAGACGCCAAUCAUUCCCCGUGGUAAAGGUCCUGGAGGAUCGGGACAGAUUAAUUUCCUUCUCCAUGGGUUUGGUCUUCCCGAGGACUACAACAGAUGGUCAAGACUUGGCUUUAAGGGUUGGACACUAGAUGACUUGAAACCAUAUUUCUUGAAAGCAUUCGGAACUGUUAAGAGUGAAUUUGAUUCUGACAACUGUCCAGUUAAAGGAAUUUGUGCGAAGGCUCCAAUGAAACUGAAACUUAUAGAUGAAGACAACGAGCUGAUGACGAUAUUUAGACAAGCUUCAUCAGCGCUUGCGUCAAAAAAUACGUUAUUUAGAAGAUCAACAGCCAGCGUCAAAGAUGGCAGCAGAUAUCAAGCCUACGAUGCUUACCUCCAACCAGCAUUAAACAGGAAAAACUUACAUGUCCUGUUAAGAACCCAAGGGAUAUCUAUGCGUUUUGAGCAGAAAAGGGCUACGUCACUUUACAUUUUACAAGAUCACAGGAAUCUGGACAAUAUAUUCGUUAACAGAGAAAUAAUAUUAUGCGCUGGCUCUAUCAAGACGCCUCAAAUUAUGAUAUCAUCUGGUAUCGGACCAAAGAAAUUAAUCAAAAAGCUACGUAUAAAGUUGAUAACGGAGAAUGAGUCUGUUGGCAAGAACCUUCACGACCACAUGAACAUGCCGAUAUACGUAAGCAUCAAGAAACCGAUUAGUAUAACUCUAGCAAAAGUAUUUAGUGCGGGUACUUUGGUGGACUACUUCUGGAGUAACAGCGGAUACCUCUCGUUCCCGCCCGUAGCCGGCGUGGAGUACUACAACAGGUCAGCCCUGAUGUUAUUCUCAAUGGGUUCUACAAGUGAGAGGUUGUUGAGACAUCUAUCCAACUACAAACAGAAGACUUUCCGGGACAUAUUUCCAUUCCAUAAUGAAACGAGUAAGGAAGGGUUCAUGUUCCUGGCGACGUGUGUGCAGCCGAAGAGUAGAGGAUCCGUCACACUCGUGGACUCGAGCACCAACGUGCCCAUUGUGGUGGAUCCGAAUUAUUUGCACCGAGAUUACGAUGUCAAAUGUAUCAUGAAAGCAAUCAGACGCGCAGAGAAAUUGCUAACGACAAAACCCUUUGAAGAAAUAGGAGCCAGGAUCCACUGGCCUAGAGCUGAACGAUGUCUAUCUUUCUGGAACUACACAAGAUUAGACCAAAAGGGAUUGGUUCGACGAAGGAAAAAAAUAAAGCUACCAGGAGUACCAGGCGCGCAGGCACGCAAAGAGGUUCCAAAACCGAAACCAAAAAUACAAAGUCCCCCUGACGAAUACUUGGCGUGCAUUAUCAGAGAGGUCGCAGUGACUGGCCACCACGUCGCUGGAACUUGCGCUGGGGGAAAGGUCGUUGACAACCAGUUGAGAGUUAAAGAUGUUCGAGGCCUUCGUAUAAUGGAUGCGAGUGUGUUGCCUUCGCCCAUAUCUCUGUAUCCUAAUUCCGUGAUCAUAGGAAUGGCGGAAAGAGCAGCUGAUUUAAUUAAAAAUACUCCUAAAUUGCAAUAGUUAUCUAUUUUGCCUUUUAUUUACUAAAUAAAUGUGUUUUAAUAAA